UAUUUGCUGCAGAUUAUUUCCGGAAGGCGGUCCCAGUUGUGUCAGAUAUUUAUGCUAAUCACGCGGUGCUCUGCGCUUUUUAAUCCACGCCCAGGCAGUGCAGAUAGAGAAUAGUAUCUGAAUCUUUCGUGGAGCAGGACAAAGAUAAGGUAGACGCCAUGUCAGACAAACCAAAUCUUUGUGAAAUCAUACAGUUUGAUAAGAAAAAACUGAAGAAGAUAGAAACCAAAGAAAAAAACCCUUUACCAACAAAAGAGACAAUUGAAGAGGAAAAGAGACAAGAAUCAGCAUCAUGAAUGUGAAAUGGGGGAGAUGCAACUUUUAAUGUUUUUUUUUUAAGUUGAAUGAUUUUAGUUUCAAAAUCCUGACAGCUAUUUGAGUCAAGGGUGGGACUGUUGGAGUAUCCACUACAAUCUCAAGACAGGGACUACUUCCUGUAAUGCACCGGGACCAAAUUAUUAAUAUAACGGUGAUUGGAUCGUAUGGUCUUAGGAAAUAAUGUAUCUGUGCACUAAAUAUGUGAAGUCAGUUUAAUUUUAUUUUGUGUAUUCAAAUUCAUCUGUUUAUUGACUCUUCUAUGCUUAACAUGUUACAAAGCAAAUAAAGACCAAUGAAAUAAGUA